CUCGUCCACUUCAGUGCAGGUUUGGCUGUGAGAGGAAAGGGAGAUUUACGUCAUAUCGGAGCACAUGCGAGGCUCUUCCGAACACUUCGAACUAUUUUCUUAUCCUUGACUUGAACUGCGAGGACUUAAGUCAGUGCUGGUGCGGCGAACGGCUGUGUGGAGGUGUGGCCAGGUCUCUUGGAGGAUUUUCUUCAUCAAAGUGCCGUCGUCUGCUGGCUCAUUGGCUCAGCUGAUUCCGACAGGAACAGGACAGAAGGAACCCUCGUCGGCGGUAGUGGUGGAAGUGGUGAUGGUGAAGGAGGAGGAGGAGGACAAGUAAAGUGAAAAGCGCGGGAACCCUCUUUGUUGUCCAUUUGCCGCCGCCUGACCCUGAUGAUGAAUGCGGGCAGGCAAGACAACACUGGCUGGGGCGGCAUGGUAGGCGGGAACAGCGGCGCAGGUGCAGGGGGAGCCCGGUCGGGGUACACCGUGUUGCAGCAUGGCCCUCCAGCACCCACGCCCGCCGCCUCCAGCAACCACGCCACCACACUGCACGCCUCCCUAAGCGAGUCACUCUAUUCAUCCCUCAGAAGCUUCUACGAGAGCAUGACCAAUAAUUUCUCAGACGCUUGCCAGGCCAACUGUUCGGGCCGCGGCGAGUGUCUCAACGGGACCUGUGUGUGUUUGGUACAAUAUGAAGGAGACACGUGUCGAGAGCCCAACUUGGCUUACUUCAUCAGCUUCGCCACCGUCUUCUACCUGAUCGCCGCCGUCAGCCUCGCCCAGCUGGUGGUGUGCGUGCGUGCCGAGUAUAUGAGACAGAAGACACCAUCCCUCCGCCGUGCGUGUCGCGUCACCACUCAGAAGAUGCUUUACGUCAUUACCUUCGUUGCCGCCACGUUGCGAGGAGCUUACUUCUCCUCUCCGGCAAACGCUGACCUCAAGUUGGCACCGUCUUUCGUCAGCGCCUUCUACCCCAUCAUCCUCAGUGGCGGCUCCCUCAUUGUCUGCUUCUGGGCCGAGGCUUUCCAUCUGAGAGACAUCAGGUGUGAACGACCCAGGUUCCUGAGCAAGUCCUUCUGUGGUUUCCUGACCUUCAAUGUGCUGACCUACUCCCUCCUGGUGGCGGAGAUACUCCUCACUCGACAGACAGGCACGCUGGAGGAACGGAGCUUCUUUACUCAUAUCUUCAACGGGUGUUAUGCUGUGUUGCUCUUCAUCGUGGUGGUGUUCUUCCUCAUCUAUGGAGUUGAGGUGUACUUCAAGGUGCGUGGGGGCUUCAUUGACGACACCAUAAUUGUGGGUCACGUCCAUUCCCGCACUCCUCCCCAGGACCUUCUCAGCCACUCCCUCCCUCCCCUCCUCAAUUCUUCUGACACUGAUCCUUCCUCUUCCUCUCCAUCAAUCUCAACUGAAUCUUCCUUAUCCUCCUCCACUUCUCCACUGUCCUCCUUGACUCCCCUUGCUCCAUCCUCACCAUCCAAAAAGAAACUUUUUCCAAAGUCUGCCAGAGAGGACAGGCCUUCAGAAGAACAGGAUCCCUCCACUCAACGCCUUGUUCCCGAGCAGCUGCAGGUCAGUGGAGAAGUGGUAGGUGUGGCACAUCCCCAGCAGGGCAUUGACCAGUCACAGCUUCACCAGUCUAGGUUUGGGCUAGUGUUCCAAGCCUGCAUGCUUAUGAUCACGGUCUGCUUCCUCUUCUCAGACGUACUUGGAGGAUUUUGGAAGAACAGAGUUCCCUUAAUGUCGAGGAAUGCAUAUGACAUCAUCUUUCGUGUGGUGGAGCUUGGGGUGGCCCUGUGGUUCCCAUGUGUCCUGUGGAACUGCAUGUCUCCUGAGCAGCUGUGGAUCCUCAACCCUAAAAAGAUCCUUAAGAAGCUGGACAUAGACCGCUCUCUGGAGCUGGGACAGAAAGUGCCACAAAAGACAGGUGAGGGAGCAUCAAGUGAUGGGGGUGCUGAGUGUUGGAUAUGUUAUGACACGGAGCGUACUGAUGCUGGUCCACUGAUCCAGCCAUGUGACUGCCGGGGGGAUGUGGGAGCAGUGCAUCAUCAUUGCCUUCGCAAAUGGCUCAUGGAGUGUGCAGAGAACUCCUCAGAGAACUUGUCAUGCAAGGUGUGUGGGGCAGUGUACCAGCUGGAACGGGGACGUGCCUGGUGGAUUGGUCAAGGGUUCACCACUCGCCAUUGGCUCCAGACUGCCUCAUUGGUCACUGUCAUGUGUGGCACCAUUGCUGGUGCUUGGACACUAAUCCAAAUGUAUGAUGAUGCAUACAUUCGGUCCCUGGCAGCUGGAGCCACUCUGCUCAUCAUCUAUGUCUGCUUAAAGUUCCUUGGCUUCAACACAUUCAGUGCAUACCAGCGUGCCCGUUAUUCAGCAGUGAAAAUUUUGGGAAGACACUUUGCCCAGCGAGAGACCUGCCCACCAGUAGAGCCAGGAGUUCCAACUGCAUCUGCCAAUGUCUCUACCAUCAGCUCUGAGGUCUUAGUAGAUAUGAAUGCUACAGGUGUUCCCAAAAUGCCUGAAGCCACCAUCUGAAAUUCUUACAUAAGUUUCUAAAGUGUUUACAAUUCAUUCUGUAGUGUAUAUUUGUUGCAUAUUGAGAGAGAGAGAGAGAGAGAGAGAGAGAGAGAGAGAGAGAGAGAGAGAGAGAGAGAGAGAGAGAGAGAGAGAGUGGAUGCAGGCUGGCUUCUGCUGCUAUGCUCUGUGGAGGAAUGCUGGCAUUCAUGAUAUCCAAAGAAAAGCACCAUAAUAUAGUACAUAGUUUUCUCUUGUACUUUGUUAGAUACUCUUGUUCCUGCCCCAUGAGUGGCAUUGUGAUCAGGAGUAUUUGCUGAAGUGAAAGUUUGCAGUAGCACAAGAGAGUGGCAGCCAGGACCCAAGACUUAUGAAAUAGAUAGUCUUGAGAAGGACAAUCAAGGCUGUGGGUCUCCCUCCCUUUAGAGUGGUGAUGGUGUUGACUGAACUCAAUACUGAAAAGUGAUCAAUUAGUAAAUAUUAUGGGUUGUGGCAUGAAUAAUAAUCAUAAGUGACUCAGCUGUGGUGUUACUCUCAUCACAUAUAUUUUCUUGAAAUAAGUACUGUGUGUAUUUUAUAUACUUGUAGAAAGUUACACAUUGAUGUUUCAUCAUUGAUGGAAACACUCAUCCAGCAUUCAUUCACAUCUCACCUGUAUACAGACAUCAAACAUGCUUGCUCAAUGCAAAUGUCACAUUUCAGACACACACAUCAUCAUCCAUAGUGCAGGAUAAUAACAAAUGAAUCACGUAUUUUGCAUAUUCAUGUCAUUUUCAUGUUCAAUUGAAAAUAAUUAUGGGAAGUAUGAAUAGUUUAUAUUAUAUAUAAUUUUCAUCCUAAGGAGUCACAGGAAUGCUACUUGUUUGCUGCUGCUGCUGCCAUCAGUCCAGUAGGCUGAUCUCAUACCAUCCGUAAAUUAUAUGUAAUUUUGUGUCACUUUUACAGAAACAUACUUGCUAGGUUGUUCCCUGAUCUUUACAAAAAGCAAAUGCUAAGGUUUUCAUAAGCUUCCAACCAAUGUAAAACUGCUUGCAUGUCUCAGUUGUCAUUCACUGUUUGUGUAAGAGCAUUAAAUGAGUGAGUAACCAUGGCAGCAGUUGUUCACAGUAGUGAUAAGCUUUUCCAUGAAUGAAUGUGCACGUAUCUGUCCACCUAUAGGAAUAAUAAUUCUGCAGAGCAGGUUAGUAGCCAAGUGACUGCUAUAUGUAUAUAUAAUGGAAAAUAGCAUUCAUUUGUGAUUAUAAGUGCAUUGCGUUUUUUUUUUAUAUUUGAGAGGAUAUACUACACUAGUCCUCCCUGAGAAUCUCUCACCCAUACCUCACUCACCUUGUCAGUUUCAAAAGCACAUGUUUAACAAGGUAUUCACCCUGUGUGCAAUCCAAAUAAAAGUGUUUGAAGAGAUUUCUCAGUUGGUCCAGUCAGUGUUUGUGACUAUGUUUGUGAUUGGCCAAAAGUCUUACUGGUACUACUUAAUAACACAGGAUCCCUGCUGUCAUCUCCUGCUUUCUAUGUCUAACUAAUAUCCUCCUGUCGGGUUUUGGCAUGAUCAAUGCAAAAUACUCUUGCCUAUUUAAGUUACAUGGUCACUCAGAAUGUUGUGUGCAGCAUGAACUUUUCAAACUGAUAAGGAGGUGAGUGGGAUGCGAGUGAGAGAUUUUCAGGGAGGACUAGUGUGGUUUCUACCCUCUUGAGUAUAAAAUAUGCAAUACAUAAGAAUGUACAGUAGAUGUAGGAAGUUAGCAGAAUUGAGUUGCUACAUUUAUCUUAACAUCCUGAAAGUGCAACAUCUAGUUUUAGAGCUGAAAGUAUGGAAACUGUUGGUUUCUCAGAAGAAUGGAGAUAGGAGGAGGAACAUUUGUGUUCCUUCUCGUCCAUCUUGUGAGGAAGGAAGUUGCAUUCAUCUUCUUCAUAUUAGAGCAGAUAUGUAACCAGGUUUCGCAUGACAUCUAUAAAUAAUUAUUGUUUAUAUAACUAGAAAUGCUGUGGCAAACUUAUAGAGACUGUGGCUCUUUAUAGGAAGCUAGCAUUAGGUAUAACUGCUGGAGACAGGUUGUGAUAAUGGCUUUAAUUUAUUAUGUAUUAUCUUCAAUCAUAUAAAACCACUGUUCAUAUUAUCUUAUGGGGAAAAACAGAAAGUAUUAAAUGUAAGCUAUCAUCUAAGUGAUCAAAGCAUUUGUGUGUCCUGUGGCAAGAUUUGUAUUGAUCGAUGGCAAACAAGAUUUGAUUCAAAAACCUCAUAACAGAGUAACUCAUAUUACUGUAAUUUACUCCAGAACAUUAAGAACCAAUGAAUUUAAAAUAUGAAUAGCAUAUUUACACAAUAUAACAUAUAUUGCUUUGUGGAACUUUUACAUCAUAUACAAUCUAUAACACUGAAAUGGUAGAGGCAAGAAAUCUGAGGUGAUAGAGAAAUCAAAAUUUUUCCCUUUGAAUAUAUAGGAAUAUGGAAAUAGAUGAACAAUACAAAAAUGAAGAGCUUAUGGUGCAAUAUAUAUAAGUGAGACGCUAGGGAAACGUGAGGGGCAGAGAUAACUUGGUUGAGGGGUGAAAUUUGACAGACAUGUGGUGAUGAGAAUAUUUCUUUUCUUCUUUUCUAAUUUUUUGUACAUAAUUAAGGUUCUGAAGUUCAAGAUUUGUCAUUUUUGCUGAUAUUUGAAACAUAUGAGAGUCAGAUAAGUACUCUAGAUCACAAAAUACUGCAACAUUAAAUGGAACUUUUAUAAAGUUCACCACAUAUUUUAUCUACAUGCCCAGUGAGUUGUGCAGAGAUUAAAAUCAUCUUGUGUGUGGAGAUGUGUUAAUGCCAACUCCAGAUACCUACAUCAGUGUGUCUGUACAUUCUGACCUUCCAGUUGUGACCUAUAAAUGAGGCUGUGCCUCAGUUUUUAUUUUGUGUACUAUAUUUCAAAUUUAUGUAACAGUAAAAUAGAGUAUUACUUGUGUCAAUAUGCUUUAAAAUUUCUUGUCGUUACUAACAUUGAACCCUUUUCCUUUCCCCCAAAAAUGCCUUUCAUUCUGAUCAUUACUUGAUAUUUCAUAUACAAAACCUCUGUGCAACUUUAGUUAACAUAGGCUUGCUUUAAUCUGUCAUCUCUGCCACCCACAUGCUGACCCUGUACCUGAGCCUUGUCUGGCCCUGUAUGGAUUGUAUUUUUGUCUCUUAUAGAGAAGAAAUCAUUACUUUUCCUCCAUUUAUAUUGUAGCAUUAGGCAUGUUUUAUGUAAAUGUCUUUUGGAAAAAUUUGACAUGUCCAAGUGUUCCACAGUAAUAUAUUAGCUUGUCUGCCAAAAUUAAAUAUUGUCUCAACUUGUCAGAUUAUAUUGUGUGAUGGGACCUCAAGUGAGAGAAGUCUGUCAUCUGCUAGACUGGUAUUCUGUUCAUUAUUGCUUGGUUAUAUGGUAGGUGGUGCUUUCCUUUAUGUCCAUAACAUAAUGUGUUGGUCAAAUGAUUUAUGGACAAAGGAGAAUGAAUGCAAUAGACCAAAAGUGAUUUGGAAUCCUGUUAGGACUGUGAUAUGCUUUGGUGUAGGAUUUUGUGAUAUGAAGAGGGCAGUUUCAUUUUUGUACAUUAUUUAACCACUAGUUAUUGUUCAUACAAGCUGGAAAGAGAGGCCCCAUGUGUGUUUUUAUUAUCUGAACUGGACACAAUUUAUUUUAAUUUAUUCAAUAAGGCUCCUUGUGAUAGAGUAGGUAAGGAUGAUUAAAUUGAAGGGUCAGACUAAUCUAGAGAUAGCUUAUGCCUGUACUAUUUAUACUGUAAACUAAUUGCAUUUUUUGUUUGUAUAGGAAAUUCAAGAGUUCUAUAUAUCAGAUACUUCAUCUUCCUGCCAAGUAGCAUAGAAGGGAUAGAUGCUUGUGUGUAAAUUUCAGUGUAUAGCAUGUGAAAUUGAGAAGGAUAAAAAAAAAAAAAAAAAGAAGAAGAAAAAAGGUGCAAAAUGUGUAUUGACUCAAACAGUGAAUAGAAGAAGCAGGGCAGCUCCCUGUUAUAGCUUGAGGUUUACUUUCAGUAUAUAAAUUAUAAUUAUUUCAUUAUAAGGUUACUCAUGUUAUCAGAGGAAGACAUGUUUUAUGGAGGUCUUGGCAAUAAUACACUCAUUUUACUGUAUAGGUAGUUGUCAGUUGUGGUGCAAAUGACCACCCAAUCCAAAUCCAAUAUUCUUAUAAUUAUGUUGAAAAGAUAAAAACUACCAAAGUAUAUUUUCACUUGAGAAUUAGUAGUGUAAUAGGAAUCUUUAUAGACAGCAUAUCUCCAGGAGUUGUGUGUGAUGUCUUGCUUGAUGAGAACUUUGUAUGGUAUUCUACCACAUAUUAAGCUCCUUCUUGAUAACCUUGCUGAGGAUGUGCAUCUGUUCCUUGAAUCAUGCAGAACUUGUGGUGAAUCACACACAUUCUCUAUGCACUGUAUAGCUGCCAGUAAAAAAAUUCACUCCAUUUGUGUGUAGCAUUUAAUAAAUAUUUAUUUCUAAAUAUAUUAUCUAAUAUAAUAAUACAAAUAUGAUACUUUUCUCAACCUCUGCCAGUGUUAAUGAGAAGGGGGAGAGAUUACAACAGUAUAUUAUUAAAGUUCUGCUCAGAAAAGGAGCUGAAUUCUCACUAGUGGCUAUACAUCAGAUAACUGGAGCCAAGUAGAAGUACCUUUCAUUCUACUUAGUUUGUAAACUAACAUCUUGACAUCUGUACCUUUUCAGUCAUGCUGGAGAAGAAAUAUAACUUGAUUCUUUGAGUGCACCAAGACCUGUGCUGGAUAUAGGUAAAGCAUUCAUUUCAUGUGUUAUUUCCUCCAGUUAUCACUAUUGUGUCAUAUUUUACCUUGAUCAUAAAUGAUAAGUAUAUUAGUGACACCAUAGUAUUGUGGAGUUUGUUGGUGUUCUGCAUUGGAGAACAAGGUUCUCAAUAAUUAAUUAUAUUUGAGCAUUCCCAAAACUUAUCAACAUAUUAAUGCAAAUAGAAAAUAGCCUGAUAUAAGUAUAAGUUUAUAUUUUACAUUGCUUAAUCAGAAAUUCUGUGCCUCUCACACACACACACACACACACACACACACACACACACACACACACACACACACACACACACACACACACACACACACACACACACACACACACACACACACCUUAUAUUUUACUGGUUGCAACACCUAGUAUUUGAAAGUAGAUAAUCCUUGAAGUGUUCUGCUAAAGGACAAAAGGCAUGAGUUUGGGAAAACAGGGUUUAUGGAUCUUUGAGCAUACUUCACUGUUGUCUUAUAGUGUAUGUAGAGGCUACCACCAUCAAUAACAAUUAUUUCAAGACUGUUGGCUCUUUGUACUUUACACAUUCCUUUUUAAAAGCUGACACACUGCUGAGUUUUGAAAUCUUUAUGCACUUGCUGCACUACUUUUUAUGUGUAGAGUUCAGGGGGGAAAAAAAAAGUUGAGAGAGGCUAUCUGCCACAUUUCAAGAAUGUGGCUAAACUGUAGUAGAUAGGGUACAGUAGAAUCUCAUUAAACCAAAUGGCACCUUGAAAGGCUACUAUGGAUAGGUUGGAAAUCAGAAUAACAAUUUACUUGUAUAUUCUUUUUUAUGUACAUAUAUUGUUAAAUGACAAUCUCAUUAGAUAUUUCCCUAUACUAAGGGACUGUCCUAUGAUGACACUGCUGCAAGUGUGUGUGACUGGGCAUGCAAUAAGUACAUAUGGAGGAAAGUGGAUCAGGUUGGUAGCUGCCAAAAUGAGGGGUGGAUGAAACUUUGGUAGAGAUUAACAAUCUGCCUGGUGAUGGACAUGAGAUCUCAUGGUUUGCAUUCCAUCCAUAUUAAUCAUGUUAGUACAGUAAAUUUGAAUUUGUCUUGAAAACUGAGUUUUGAUAUAUGCAUUAUGAAUAAAUAGGAUUUCAUGA